AUGAAAAGGGAAAAACACAUCAAUGGGGCGGUGGAGAAUGAAGAGAAGCCAGUCCUAGUCAACGGAAUGUGCGGUGAUCAUGCUGAGGACAAAACAGACCCCCUUUUGGAAGGCCCACGGAAGAAGAAGAAUGCAGAUGAUACGGACCCACCAAAAGUACCUGGCAAAGCCAAAGGGCAGCAUAAGAAGGAGUUCCCCAAGGAAGCUGCCUCCUUGCCUCCAGGCACCAAGGAUGGACAAGAAGCACGAACCCGCGGCAUGGCCGGCUGGGAGAACAGCUUGCGACAGAGGCCCCCUCCCCGGAUAGUCUUCCAGGCAGGACCAGCCUUGCAGGAGAAGAAACCCAAGGAGGAUGUGGAGAGCGUGGAAGGCUUUAAGGAGCGACACAAAAUCCGGUAUUCCAGGCGGCUGUCCAUGACCACCCAGAUUGAUUUCACGGACGGCAAUUCUUCAGAGGACAGCGAGAGCGGCGGCAUCAGAGGUGGGGGUGUCCCCAAUGGGUGCUCUCCAGUCUUCUCAGGAUUGCUGAGAAGCAUCGAUGAAUACCAGGACGGGAAGGAUUUUAGAAUUGGGGAACUCGUCUGGGGAAAGAUCAAAGGUUUCUCUUGGUGGCCGGCCAUCGUAGUGUCUUGGAAAGCCACGUCCAAACGCCAGGCUGCUCCCGGGAUGCGCUGGGUGAAGUGGUUCGGGGAUGGAAAGUUUUCAGAGGUCUCGGCAGACAAACUGGUCGGACUGAUAGCGUUCCGGGAGCAUUUCAACCACACCACCUUCCAUAAGCUCGUAUCUUAUCGGCAAGCCAUACUUCACGUUUUGGAGGUGGCGAGCAGCCGAGCAGGCAAGACUUUCUCGAGUGCCGCAGGGGAUUCUCUGGAAGAGAAGCUGAAGCCCAUGGUGGAUUGGGCCCUCAAUGGCUUUAAGCCUUUUGGAGGCAAAGGAUUGAAGCCGCCCAAGACCAAAGAGAACAGAGCAGUCCACAAGAGCCCUGUGGAAGAGGCCACCCCCCCUGAGCCUGCGCCACCCCCCAAGCGCCUUAAGACCACUGUCUGCAAUGGCAAUAAGGAGCCAGUGGAGGAGCACCAGAGCCGAGAGCGGAUGGUCAAUGAAGCGAAGAACCGCAACAAGAGUCUGGAAGAUAGCUGCUUAUCAUGUGGGAAGAAAAAUGCAGUGACUUUCCAUCCGUUGUUUGAAGGGGGUCUGUGCAGGAACUGCCAGGAUCGGUUCCUGGAGCUUUUUUACAUGUAUGACGAAGACGGGUACCAGACUUACUGUGCUAUCUGCUGCGAGGGGAGCGAGCUGCUUCUCUGUGGCAAUGCCAGUUGCUUUAGGUGCUUCUGCGUGGAUUGCUUGGAGGCCCUGGUGGGGUCGGGAUCCUCUGCCGCCGCCAAGGAGCAGGAGCCCUGGAGCUGCUACAUGUGCCAGCCGCAGAAGUGCUUCGGCGUCCUGCAGCGGCGGCACGACUGGAACAUGCGCCUGAACGAGUUCUUCACCAGCGACCAGGAGCAGGAAUAUGAAACACCCAAAAUCUACCCGGCCAUCCCUGCAGCCCAGAGGAGGCCGAUCCGAGUGCUCUCUCUCUUUGACGGCAUCGCAACAGGUUAUCUGGUGCUCCGGGACCUAGGCAUUAAAGUGGAGAAAUACAUCGCCUCCGAGAUCUGCGAAGACUCCAUAGCUGUGGGGACCGUGCGGCACGAAGGGAACAUCAAAUACGUCCAUGACGUUAGGAACAUAACCAAGAGAAAUAUUGAUGAGUGGGGCCCAUUUGACUUGAUAAUUGGUGGGAGUCCCUGCAACGACCUGUCUAUUGUGAAUCCCGCUCGGAAGGGCUUGUACGAGGGGACCGGGCGGCUGUUCUUUGAAUUCUAUCAUCUUCUCAAUUAUUCCCGGCCCAAGGCUGGAGAGGAACGCCCCUUCUUCUGGAUGUUCGAGAAUGUCGUUGCGAUGCGAAUGAACGACAAGAGAGACAUCUCUCGUUUCUUGGAGUGCAACCCAGUUAUGAUUGAUGCCAUCAAGGUCUCGGCAGCUCACAGAGCACGAUAUUUCUGGGGCAAUCUGCCCGGGAUGAACCGGCCACUGGUAGCUUCCAAGACGGAUAAAGUUGAACUUCAGGACUGCUUAGAGUACAGCAGGACAGCAAAGUUGAAAAAGGUCCAGACGAUCACCACAAAGUCCAAUUCGAUCCGGCAGGGAAAAGCCCAGGCGCUCCCGGUGCGCAUGAACGGCAAGGAUGACGACUUGUGGUGUUCUGAACUAGAAAGGAUUUUUGGCUUUCCUCUCCACUACACAGAUCUGCACAACAUGGGCCGCGGCGCUCGCCAGAAGCUGCUUGGCCGGUCGUGGAGCGUCCCGGUCAUCCGCCACCUCUUUGCCCCUCUCAAGGAUUAUUUUGCAUGUGACUAGACAGUGUGGGGU